AUGAGCAACGAGCUUCGAGAGGUGAGAGCUUGCUGUAUUGUGAUGUCGCUGAAUGAAAACGUUCUGGCAGUCAGAAAGAUCUUCUUUCUGCCUUGUGAUGACGACAGCACGGGAAGCUCAGAUGGGAAAGAAGGCUCAGCGCUGUGGUCAACUCUAGUUGACUUCCAACUACUCGUCCACGGGCACAGCUGUUUUGCCAAGCGCUGCGGUGCAACUGGGCGCUGUGCCCUUCCUCCCUUCUCUAUCAUGUCAAGGAUGGUGAAACUACAGCAAUGA